AUGAAGACUAUUGUUAUUCUCGGCGGUUCCUUCGCUGGUCUCACCCUUGCACACAAGUUGUUGAAGCAACACGCAUCAACAGGCGAUGUGAAGGUCAUUAUCGUGUCUCCCAACACGCACGUAUACUGGAAUCUGGCUUCCGUUCGAGCAAUCAUUCCAGGACAAAUCCCAGAUGAGAAGCUCUUUCAACCAAUUGCACCUGGAUUCAAACAAUACAAGGCAGAUCAUUUCGAGUUUGUUCUUGGCAAGGCAGAGAGCAUCGAUGUCGCAGGCAAGAAGGUUGCAGUUUCGAGCGCUACUGGCAUCAACAACCUCAGCUAUGACAUUCUAGUCCUUGCGACUGGCUCACACACCAAGGCAGAUGCACCGUGGAAAGGUCGCGAUACAUACGAAGAGACCCGCGAUGUCUUGCACGACUACCAAGCCAAAGUCAAGAAGGCUUCUUCAAUCGUUGUGGUCGGAAGUGGAGCAACUGGUGUGGAGACAUCUGGUGAACUUGGAUUCGAAUACGGCAAGACCAAGAAGAUCACUCUGAUUGCCAGUGGAGAUCAUGUCCUCGAGGGCACACCAGCAUCCGUUUCCAAGACCGCGACCAACCUUCUCAAGAAAGUCAACGUCAACCUCACGCUCAGCACAAAGGUCGUGGGCGACGCCAAGAUGCCAGACGGUCGCACAGAACUCACCCUCUCCUCCGGCCAGAAGAUCACCACAGACCUCUACCUCCCCACCAUCGGCCUCGUACCAAACUCCUCCUACGUCCCCGCUGAUCUCCUCAACUCCAACGGCUUCGUAGUCGUCGACAACAAUCUGAGCGUCAAAGGAGCGACCGAUGUCUGGGCCGUGGGCGACGUAUCCUCCAUCCAACGCGCGCAGAUCGUGAACGCCACCAAGCAAGCCGACCACGCGGCGAAGAACAUCGAUCUGGCGAUCAAGGGCCAGCCGCUUCUUCCGUACAAGGUCGGAGGUGAUAUGCUGGCUGUUCCUGUGGGACGGAAGGCUGGGACGGGACAUAUGGGGAGUUGGAAGUUGCCGAGUUUCAUGAUUGUUAUGCGAAUCAUUCCAGGCCCCAACUCUAGCGCAUUCAGGGCACAGAUUGCUGGAAAUUUACAGUAG